UUUCAGUGAUGAAAAUGACAUGAAAGAAGAUACAGGCGAAGACUCCAAGUCAGUUAAAUCAAAUGAUGAAAACAAAAAACAAAACCACAGCGAGGUUGAAAAGCGAAGAAGGGACAAGAUGAACACCUACAUAACUGAAUUGUCAGAAAUGGUACCGAUGUGUCACGCAAUGUCGAGAAAACUUGACAAAUUAACAGUACUCCGUAUGGCUGUGCAACAUUUAAAAUCCAUCAGAGGGGCAGUCCCUUCGUACACCGAAGGACACUACAAGCCAUCCUUUUUGUCCGACCAAGAACUGAAACAUCUCAUUCUCCAGGCAGCAGAUGGUUUCUUAUUUGUUGUAGGAUGUGAUCGAGGAAGAAUUUUAUAUGUAUCAGCAUCUGUAUCGAAGGUCCUAAAUUUUUCUCAGGGGGACUUGCUAGGGCAGAGUUUAUUCGACAUUUUACACCCGAAGGACGUGGCCAAAGUUAAAGAACAGCUUUCCUCCUCUGAUCUCAAUCCUAGAGAAAGACUGAUUGACGCCAAAACAAUGUUGCCAGUAAAAACGGACGUACCUCAAGGAGCUUCUCGGUUGUGUCCUGGGGCUAGGAGGUCAUUUUUCUGCAGAAUGAAAUGUAAAUUAUCUUCACAAGUCAAAGAAGAAGCUGACACAACUACGGGCUAUCACAGGAGGAAAAAGCACAAUUCAGAUAAAAUAUACAAUGUCAUACAAUGUACGGGUUACCUGAAAUCUUGGGCACCGGCCAAAAUAGGGUUAGAAGAAAGUGAAGAGGGUGACGGAGAAUCUUGCAACUUAUCUUGCUUAGUGGCGAUAGGAAGAAUACUACCGCACAUUUCUACAGUUGCGGCCUACUCACAGGGCAGACCUAAUGUCAGACAGAUUCAGUUCAUAUCGAGGCAUGCUCUUGAUGGCAAAUUUUUAUUCAUCGACCAAAGGUCAACCCUAGUCCUCGGAUUCCUUCCCCAGGAGCUUCUUGGUACCAGCAUGUAUGAGUACUUCCACCAUGACGAUAUCCAAGCUGUGGCAGAGUGUCACAAAGUCGCGCUUCAAAGUAUUGAUCCUGUUACGACUGGCGUUUACAGAUUCAGGACGAAGAGCGGGGGAUUCAUAAAGUUGCAGAGCGAAUGGAAAUCUUUCAAGAAUCCGUGGACCAAAGAAAUUGAAAAUAUUAUUUCCAAAAAUAAUCUCGUUUUAAGUGAUUUUCAAACUGUUGAGAGCAGUAGGCACGACAGGAUUCGAGAAAAUCUGGAUUUUUUCACUCAAUCUAACGGCAAGGACAUUCAACUCCUCAUAAAUAGUCACGUGGAAGCGAGUAAAAUCGGAAAACAAAUAGCCGAGGAAGUGAUAGACUCUCAUCGCAGGGGUGGCGAUUCCUCUUCAGAGAGCAGUCCAGGACCAGACCCCGAGUCGUCCCUGUCUUUACCGAUGCCAAGUGGAGAGUCACAAAUUUCUACGAGUAUUCAGUCAGCAGACGGUCAAACGCACAAUCCUUUGCUCACAGACUUUUCUUCCCAGUCGAAUUUCCACGACAUAAGGAAUAAUGUGUCUUUAUCCAGUGUUGCGACAGAUCCAGGCGGUAAUUCUGACGAAGGUAUAAUGGACAUAAUGGAGGAUCCCGUCCAUACCGAACCAUCUGCUGCAGGCCAAUCAAUGGACGGUAAUGACGAAGCCGCCAUGGCAGUCAUCAUGAGUUUGCUGGAAGCAGAUGCUGGUCUAGGAGGACCUGUAGAUUUUUCUGGCCUACCAUGGCCAUUGCCUUGACCUGAAUGAGCAGAUAUGAUCUAGUCGAAUUAUCUGUUACCAUAUUGGUGUUCGAUACUAUAUAGUGUCAUAAUUAUUGAUUAGAUAAAAUAUCUGAUUUUGAAUGUCCACAAACUGAAAUAACUGUAAACGGGGUCUACAAGUUUAGAGCAGAUAAUUAUCAGGAUGACGAAUAGUGUAUUGUGAAAUCAUUUCGCCACAUACAAGAUGGGGGUAGUCGAGAUGUUCGGAAAAGCAUAUUCAUUUUGGAAUGUGUUAAUGUCAAUUUUAAGCAAACUUUUUCACUUCCUGUUCUAAAUGUUUUCUCUAUUUUUUUGGUUGGCAGAACGAAAAACAUCGUCAAGAUUUUUUGGUAUCAAAAAAUGACUUCAUUGUGAAGAAUUUACUCAAGAAGUUAUCUGAAUAUUAGUGAAGUGAAUAAUAGUUAUAAAUUUUCCAUGUUGUUAAAUUAAUUUAUUACAAGUUGAGAUGACUCACAAUAAUCCAUUUUAAUCCAAUAAGUAACUAUUAUACUUGUCAAUUUCGGUUAAAAACUGACCAAUCUGACCUCUAAAAUUUUGAAUACUAUAGGCGGGUGUCCAGUAAUGGAUAACAUCUCUGAAAGAUCAUUGAAAUUUAUUUUCAUAUUUUUUGAAAAUUGUUAAUUUAUUACAGUGGGCCAGCUAAUUGUUUCAGGUUUCUUCAUCUGGUUGUUCAAAAACAAACGUUUAUGCAUAUUAUCGCAUUUUUGACUUCUCUGAAAGUGAUAAUACGAGCUUUGGCUAUAAAAUAACAGGAUUUUUGCUGUGACUUCUUUUAAUUUUUUCCUUUAAAACUUUCAAUGUAUCCCCUUCACUGAACCCCUUCCAUUAUACAGUGUGGUCCACUAAGUCUGCGACAAAUGGGAAACUUUUUUAUUAUCGAUUUCUCAGAAAAUUUUAUUCU